UGUAUUUAAGUAAACCACCUAAGCAUUUCUUUCUUGUACAUCUUCAGAGUAGUCAUUUCUUUAAAUACUACUACAUUUCUUUGUUUCACUGUUGGAUUGGUUAAUUGGCAGAGGACAUGGACACACUGUGUGAGUGUGGAGGAGGACUUGUUGAUGCUCUGAACACUAAGAUCUAUGGAAAUGGCACUCAAACUAUAGUUCUCUCUCAUGGGUUUGGUACAGACCAGACUGUUUGGCAAUACCUAGUCCCUUUCCUUGCAUACUACUUCAAAGUCGUAGUUUUCGACCUAGUCUUCUCACCAAAUGUUGAUCCUAACCUCUAUGAUCCUAAAAAGUACUCGAGUUUCGAUUUCUAUGCGCAAGACUUGAUUUGCAUUCUUGAUCAGCUCAGUGUGAAGAAGAGUAUUUAUGUAGGUCACUCGAUGUCUGCCAUGAUUGGAUUCAAAGCUGCAAUAAGACGACCAGAACUCUUUGAGCAUCUAGUCCUCCUAAGUGGCUCUCCAAGGUACCUCAAUGAAAAGGGAUAUAAUGGGGGCUUCAGGAGAUCAGAUCUCAACAGUAUCUUCAAAGAUAUGCAUCAAAACUUUACAGGAUGGGUUCAAAGUUUCGCUCCAAGAGCUAUUAGUGUGAACAACAUUACUGCUAUAGCCAAGUUUGAACGCAGCCUAGGCAGAAUGCAACCCGAGAUAGCGCUCAGUGUUGCCAAAACCGUGUUCCUAAGCGAUCUAAGAACAGUUUUACCACAGGUUCGAGUUCCUUCCACCAUUAUCCAGUCCGAAAAGGAUAUCAUUGUUCCAAAAUCUGUUGCAUUCUACAUGAAGAGGAAGCUUGGUGGGCGUGCUAGGGUCAAAAUUCUGAAAACACAAGGCCACUUUCCUCAGCUCACAGCUUAUCCUUUGCUCUCGCAUGUUUUGAAGAGAGUUCUUUGCACUAGUGAGUAGUUUAUAGUAAGGGAAAAAAAGAAUGUAGUAUGUGUUGAUUUCUGCUCUCCAACCUCCCUAGUCUUUACUCAUCUAAUUUGUGUGGGGGUGAAAGGUGGUUUAAUGGUAAAGAAUUAAGAUGAGAUAGACAGGGCAGAAACCACCAAUAAUCAUAAGCUUUCUUUUGGCACUUGUGUAUGGCAAACAGUGACAUGUAAAAAUAAUUUAUUUCUUAUUUCACCUAAA